AUGAGGUAGGGACCUGCGCUGCGGUGGGCGGGGGCGGCGCCAUGACCUUGUUUCACUUCGGGAACUGCUUCGCGCUGGCCUACUUCCCCUACUUCAUCACCUACAAGUGCAGCGGCCUGUCCGAGUACAAUGCCUUCUGGAAGUGCGUCCAGGCUGGGGUCACCUACCUCUUCGUGCAGCUGUGCAAGAUGUUGUUCCUGGCCACUUUCUUUCCCACCUGGGAAGGCGGCAUCUAUGACUUCAUUGGGGAGUUCAUGAAGGCCAGCGUGGAUGUGGCAGACCUAGUAGGCCUCAACCUUGUCAUGUCUCGGAACGCCGGCAAAGGGGAGUACAAGAUUAUGGUUGCUGCCCUGGGCUGGGCCACUGCAGAGCUCAUUAUGUCCCGUUGCAUCCCCCUCUGGGUUGGAGCCCGGGGCAUUGAAUUUGACUGGAAAUACAUCCAGAUGAGCAUUGAUUCCAACAUCAGUCUGGUCCAUUACAUCGUUGCAUCUGCCCAGGUGUGGAUGAUAACACGCUACGAUCUGUACCACACUUUCCGGCCAGCUGUCCUCCUGCUGAUGUUUCUCAGCGUCUAUAAGGCCUUUGUCAUGGAGACCUUCGUCCACCUUUGUUCCUUGGGCAGCUGGACGGCACUUCUGGCCCGAGCAGUAGUGACAGGGCUGCUGGCCCUCAGCACCCUGGCCUUGUAUGUCGCUGUUGUCAACGUGCACUCCUAGGCUUGGGUCCCAGGCAUUCACAUACCUUUUCCUUGUCUCCAGGUUUUAGUGAAUUAAACAGUAUUUGGGAAGUUG